GGUACAUGAUGAGCUCCGCGUUUUCUGUAAGUCCAAUAGGGAAAACUUUAAAUUAUAACUUUGCCAAUAUGACCCACUCAUUAUUUAUUUGGAGAAAUUUGUAUUCAGGACAAAGUCAUGAAGUUUGCUCAAGACUCCCAUGACGGUGUUAAGAUGACUGAUGUUGAUCGCAUCCGAUUGUGUGAUUGGAUGACGAAGGAGAGGGAGAAGAUAGCGGCCGCAUGUACUAAAAUUGGUGAAGGAAACCACACAUCAGACGGGAAUGUUGCGUCGCGAAUAUCUGAGUUGUUUAUCCCAGUCCUUGAGAAGUUGGGACCCUUCACAAACCAUUGGUGGUGUCUUGUUAUAUCUGCCGACCCUCCAACCGUAUACAUCAUUGAUUCUCUGAUUACCAAUCCAGUGGAGGAGCGCAAAAAUGCAAUUGAUAAACUGCUAAUUGGGGUUGACAAAUUGUUAUUCAAUGGCGAAGAUGAAGACACUUGGGGCCUGCUUCUUACAUGGCGACGUACGCGGAUGGAUAUAGAAAUCCAGGAAGACAACCAUAGUUGCGGUGUCCGGAUGUUGCUCUCUAUUAAGGAGUUUGCUGAAGGCUAUGAGGGGCUCCGUAUACCAGACAUUGAAUUAGCGCGUCGGCUCUUGCUCACCCAGGACAUUCUUAGUCCUUAUAAUCUCGAGCGUGAUCGUGUAAAACUUUUGGUGAACGGGACAACAAAGUCCGAAAAUAUCUAAAUUAUGUUUCUGGGUUUUGUUCUGGGGAGAUGGAUUAUUGUUUGGAUGUUAGAUGUGGUCCAAUUGGUCCAAUAGGUUAGGAGGUUGUUGGGCCUUAAUAAAUGCUAUAUUAUUUGUUCCUUGUAAGGUAGUUUGUAGUGGUCGUGUGAGUUUCUUAGUUAGGGGAAAGUUUUUUUCAUGUUGUUGUUUUCAGAA